UCAAGAAUACUCUCCUCUCUCACAAACUGCUCUUUUCUGAGUCCCUUCCUUCUUAAAGCCAAAUCCCUUAAGACUCAAACCCAGAUUCCCGCACUUCCUAAGACCCUUUUCAAGGGCCUUGGACAUUGUCUCAAAUUUUAUUGAGGAGGAAUCAUCUCCUCCUCCCCCCUUAAAUCCUAACGACCUCUUUCUCCAGUCCAGACAUGGAUCUCCACAGGGCAGCCUUCAAGAUGGAGAGCUCCUCCUACCUGCCCAAUCCCUUGGCCUCCCCGGCCCUCAUGGUCCUGGCCUCCACUGCUGAAGCCUCUCGGGACGCCUCAAUUCCCUGCCAGCAGCCACGUCCAUUUGGCGUCCCCGUUUCCGUUGAGAAAGACGUCCAUUUGCCAUUUAACAAUGGUUCUUACACUUUCGCGUCAAUGUACCACCGCCAAGGUGCAGUCCCACCAGGAUUCCCCAACAGGGACUUCCCUCCCUCCCUCCUCCACCUCCAUCAUCAGUUCGCCCCACCUAACCUGGACUGCUCGCCGAUCAGCAUGCUGAAUCACAGCGGCGUCGGCGCCUUCAGGCCCUUCGCCUCGCCUCCGGACGAUCGGGACGGAGUGCCCGGCGGGUAUCAGUCCGCCUUCACCCCGGCCAAGCGCCUCAAAGGUUGCCUGGAUCCAGACGCCUCACCCCACCUGCGGUACUCCGAUGCGGAGGGGAAAGAGUAUGACUUUGGCGGUUCCCAGAUCCCUCCUGGAAGUUCGCCCAGCAGCGCCUUGAAAGCAGUGGAGGACAGCGGUAAAAAGAUCUUCGCGGUGUCAGGCCUCCUGUCGGAUCGAGAGACUUCCUCCAGCCCCGAGGACCGCAUUGAGCGCUGUAAAAAGAAGAUGUCCAUGUAUGACAGCCAGGCUCCGAUCUGUCCCAUCUGCCAGGUGCUGCUGAGGCCCGGAGAGCUACAGGAACACAUGGAGACAGAGAUCGAGAGGCUAACCGCCGUAUGCUUCAGUAAGAACACUUCACCCAAGGAUGGAGCAGCCACUCCAGGAACCCCGAAGUCCAUGCUGUUGUCGGUGCACAUCAAGCGUGAGGGAGAGUCUCCCGUGGUCUCGCCACUGUCCUCUGAAGACGCCCACCACUCCGACAGAUACCAGACAUUUUUACGAGUUCGAGCAAACAGGCAAACAAGAUUGAAUGCCCGUAUAGGAAAGAUGAAGAGGAGGAAGCCUGAGGAUGGGGGCCAGGUAUGUCCGCUGUGCAGCGCCCCAUUGGCUGGGAGCGAGGAGGAGAUGAGUAGACAUGUGGAGCAAUGCCUGAUCCAGCGUGAAGGCGCGCUAGGCGACGACGACUCUGCAGACAUGGAUGGAGAGAAUGGGCGGGGCUUUGAGGAGUACGAGUGGGCGGGGCAGAAGAGGAUCAGGGCGACGGCUCUGCUGGAGGGAGGCUUCAGAGGAACGGGUUUCGCCACAUGCAGCAUCAAGGAGAGCGCAGCAGACAGUGACGCUGACCUGGACGUGGACGGAGACGACACCCUGGAGUACGGCAAGGCCCAGUACACGGAGGCCGACAUCAUCCCGUGCUCCGGGGCCGGAGAGGACCAGGGCGAGGCCAGAGAGAGGGAGGCGCUACGGGGAGCCGUGCUCAACGGCGGGAUGCCUUCUAACAGAAUAACGCCCGAGUUCUCCAAAUGGGCAAGCGACGAGAUGCCUUCAACGAGCAACGGCGAAAGCAGCAAGACAGACCCCAGCACCCCUUCAUCAUCCUCCUCCUGCUCUUCCUCCUGCGCCCCGCGCACCUGUAAAAACAGCGAGAUCGAAAAGGUGACGGAGGAGGAGUCCACGGCGACCACCAUGGAGGCCCUGAAGGCCCGAAUCAGAGAGCUGGAGAGGCAGAUCCUGAGAGGGGACCGAUACAAGUGUCUCAUCUGCAUGGACUCCUACACGAUGCCGCUCACCUCCAUCCAGUGCUGGCACGUCCACUGCGAAGAAUGCUGGCUCAGGACUCUGGGGAACAAGAAGCUGUGCCCGCAGUGCAACACCAUCACCUCACCCGGAGACCUGAGGCGCGUCUACUUGUAAAAGAGCACACCUACACACACGCCUUCCCUCCCCACCCAGCGCCUCUUCGUCGUUCCGAUCCAUUCCUCCUCUCAUCCUGGAUUUCAUCGCCACCCUCAACACACCCCUCCCUCCCCGUGGAUCGCCAUUUGUUUCCCCCUCUCUCCCGUGGCCUGGGCCCCCAGAGACAAGACGGCUGUCUCUGAGACUCCACUGGCUCUUAUAAUUUUUCGGGAGGUUUAAAACUGGAUGAAACUGAAUGACUGAGCAGAGCUCAAUGACUCUCCAACUGGCAGCAUGGCCUCCCACAGAAACAAAAAAAUAAAUAUUGAAAAGGGGGACCACUUGCCAGUGGGCUUGUUCCCUCUGCAUCACUGACGUACAUGUAACAUGGGAGUAUGGACCACUGGAGGACUGAUAAGUCAGUGGAGAACCCCAACACCCAGCUAAACCCUGCUGAGACCUGAUAGCUUCCUGCUGCUGGAGCUGGACCUGAAAGGAACUUCUUAAUACAGAAUAUAAAGACUUCUUUUUCCCCCACCCUCUAGCUCUUCUUUGACAUUUAGAUGGUGCUGGACAACAGGCUCUACCCUGACUCAACAGAAAGCUUCUUUUUUUUUUUUGUUCCCUAUCCCAGAGAGAUCUCUAAUCUUCAUGCCCCAUGUUGCUUAAGAGAAUUAAAAAAAAAGGGCCUGUCCACUAAAACUGAGCUUUCAACCAAACUGAGAAUAACCUCACAACCUUGAAAAAGGAGUUUGACACUCCUCCUCCACCACCUCUUCUUCUACUUCUUCUCCUUGUGAGCCCUUCCCUCCCCCUCCUCCUCUUCCUCCCUUUUGUGGUGUUCUAGUGAAGUAAACCAAAAUUUCUCCCCCUCCAAGAUGCAGUGCAAGCACAUGUAAUAUAGUUCUAUGUAUGUUUACAAUGUUGGGUGUAAAUGACAUAGAGUUCACACACACGUGUUCACACACAUGCAAACACACACACACACAUUACCAUCAGCAGACAAACACACACACACACAGAAGUAUAUAAUAUCAAAGUCCUGUUGUAAGUUGGAAGGGUCUGGGAAUGAUGUCUGGGGGAAAAAAUGGCUGGAAUAAAAGAAGCCUUCUGUAUUUUUAAGAAAAAAAAGAUCAUUUGAAGAUCUGUUAUUUCACUGUACAGGAAUAAAAAAUGUAAUUAAUAAUAAACUACUCGAGACUAGAUGGUCGAGAUUUAGGUGGUGCAGUCUUUUUCUGCAGAGGUACCCUGAAAAACUGUAGGACACAAAGCAAGGAGAGAUCUUUUGUUAGUUUUAUCGGAUUGAGAGAUUCCCAUCGGCCAAGAUUUACUGCGGACAAGCUUCUUCUUUUCACCUCCGUCUCUGCUUCCUCGGUUGGAGUAACACCACGUUCAGAUCACAGUCUAAAAAACAUUUUAUUUACCCGCUACAUGUCUCAAAAGAAAGCUUUUUCCAUAGUUUUUUUUCUCAUACUGCUAAAACGCUGCGGAAAGGUCCCAAAAAAUGGCAACCCCCGAAGGGCAGGUUCUUUCUAGCUAUAACGGAUGAGGGAAGUCCCCGGAAAAGAAGGAUGGGCCGAGGCUGAACUGGCAACUUCCGGAACCCGCAGCAUUUUCUCUCCCCAGCCCCCCCCCCCUCCCCUUCCCUUUACGGCAGCAGCUGCAGCAGCAACCAAGGUGGUGGUGUGCUUUGUGUUUGUAAAACUAUGUAUUCUGUGACGUCUGUAUUGUUGUAAGAAAUGCUGAAAAAAAAAUACGAAAAAAUAAAACUUCUCAAAUACCACGAGUGGUCUCGUUCACACAAAUCGAGUGGUGGUUUAAAAAUAAGACAUGGCGAAAAGAAAUGUUCCUGUGUUCACUGAAAUAAUAAAGCUGAGGAAG